AAUAAACGUCAUUUCAUCUUUCUACAAUUUUCUAAUCAAAGUUCACUCAUUCUGUUGCUUUGUCCUCGUCUUCAUUUUCCUUUUUGUUUUCCACUUUCCAAGCUCGAAGAGAGCCAUCGCUUUAAGCAAGUGUUCAAGAGUUACCUAAUCAAAUUUUCUCCGAGUUCCGAUUUCGGCGAUGGACGGUGACCGUCCGGGCCGACUCGUCGGCACCGAGAUUCAUGGAUUUCAUACUUUGGAAGAUUUGGAUGUUCAAAAUACGAUGGAAGAAGCCAGGUCAAGAUGGCUACGUCCGAAUGAAAUUCAUGCUAUACUUUGCAACCACAAAUAUUUUCCCAUCCAUGUGAAGCCAAUGAACUUGCCCAAAAGUGGUAUAAUUGUAUUGUUUGACCGAAAGAUGCUUAGAAACUUCCGAAAAGAUGGCCAUAACUGGAAAAAGAAAAAGGAUGGGAAGACUGUUAAAGAAGCACAUGAACACUUAAAAGUUGGUAAUGAAGAAAGGAUUCAUGUGUAUUAUGCACAUGGCCAAGAUAACCCAACAUUCGUUCGCAGGUGUUACUGGCUGCUUGAUAAGACUCUAGAACACAUAGUUCUUGUUCAUUAUCGUGAAACACAGGAGUCACAGGGUUCUCCAGCCACACCUGUGAAUUCAAAUUCCAGUUCAAUAUCUGAUCAGUCUACUCCUUUGCUUGUUACGGAAGAGUUUGAUUCUGGAGCUGGUAAUAUAAAUUAUGAAGAACCCAGUGGCCUUACAGUCAGAAAUCAUGAAAUGAGGCUUCAUGAGAUUAAUACGCUUGAAUGGGAUGAUCUUCUGGUGACAAAUGAUACUAAUGACUCAACUCUAUCUAGAAGAGACAAGGAUUCUUUCUUUAAUCAAGGAAGCCAGAUAGCAGCGAAUGGCUUCUCAAAUGAUGAUGGCCAUACCUCAGCCUAUAAUUUAUCAACUGGAAUUUCUUCGCUUGGUAAUUUAACUGACCCAGUUGCUCAGAGUAAUAAUGCUUACAUCAACUAUCCAGAGGGUAUUUGUAAUCAGGUGUCAGGUGGCCAAGUAAAUUCUAAUGUGCAGAGGAAAGACUUUCGUGUCAUAGGGACUGGUGAUUCAUUGGACCUUUUGGUCGAUGAUGGUUUACAAAGUCAGGACAGUUUUGGAAGGUGGAUAAACUACAUUAUAACUGAAUCCCCAGGUUCAGUGGAUGACCCUGUGCCAGAAUCAUCCAUAUCAUCUGGUCAAGAGUCCAUCACCUCUCCAGAGCAGAUAUUUAGCAUUACUGGUGUCUCACCUGCAUGGGCCUAUACAACUGAAAAAACAAAGAUUCUAGUCACAGGAGUCUUUCAUCAAGCUUAUCAACAUCUUGUGAAGUCCAAUUUGUUUUGUGUAUGUGGUGAUGUAUGUAUUCCGGCAGAACUUAUUCAGGUUGGGGUUUAUUGCUGUUCGUUAUCAGAACAUUCCCCAGGACUAGUUAACCUGUAUAUGAGUCUUGAUGGUCAUAAACCCAUCAGCCAAGUUCUUAGUUUUGAGUAUCGUGUUCCUGUAUUGCAUGACCCAAUACCUCCUCUGGAAGAUGAGUCCAGGUGGGAGGAGUUCCAAUUACAGAUGAGGCUUGCUUAUUUGCUCUUCUCUACUUCCCAGAGCCUUAACAUUCUAUCCGGGAAAGUGUCACCAAAUACCCUGAAGGAGGCUAAGAAGUUUGCUCUAAAGACUACUAACAUAUCCAAAAGUUGGGCAUAUUUGAUUAAGUCAAUUGAAGAAAAUCGAGUUUCAUUUACACAAGCAAAAGAUAGUUUACUUGAAAUUGCUUUAAAGAGCAGGCUAAAGGACUGGCUGUUGGAAAGAAUAAUUGAAGGCUGUAAAACAACCGAAUAUGAUGCUCAAGGUCAAGGAGUGCUUCAUUUGUGUGCCAUUCUUGGUUAUACUUGGGCUAUUUAUCUAUUUUCAUGGUCUGGCUUGUCGCUAGAUUUUCGUGAUAAACAUGGAUGGACAGCUCUUCAUUGGGCAGCAUACUAUGGACGGGAAAAAAUGGUUGCUGUUCUUUUAUCUGCAGGGGCAAAGCCAAACUUGGUGACAGACCCCACUGCCCAAAAUCCAAGUGGUCGCACGGCUGCAGAUCUUGCAUCUUUGAAGGGUUAUGAUGGGCUAGCUGCUUAUCUUUCAGAAGAGGCUCUAGUAGCACAGUUCAAUGAUAUGGCCGUAGCUGGAAAUGCUAGUGGCUCUCUGGAAACCAGUAGGACGGAGACAACAAACCGUGAGAACCUCAAUGAAGAAGAACUUUAUUUGAAGGAGACUUUAGCAGCUUACCGGACAGCUGCUGAUGCGGCUGCACGAAUACAUACUGCAUUCAGGGAGCAGUCCUUAAAGAUGCGCACUAAAGCAGUUCAGUUUUCCAACCCAGAGGAUGAAGCACGAAAUAUAGUUGCAGCUCUGAAGAUUCAACAUGCCUUUCGCAACUUUGAGACCAGAAAAAAGAUGGCUGCUGCUGCCCGUAUCCAAUAUAGGUUCCGUACUUGGAAAAUACGUAAAGAUUUCCUUGCUUUGCGCCGCCAGGCUGUCAAAAUCCAAGCUGCUUUCCGGGGCUUCCAAGUAAGGAGGCAGUACCGCAAGAUCAUCUGGUCUGUUGGUGUUCUUGAGAAAGCAAUUCUCCGAUGGCGAUUGAAGAGAAAAGGUUUUCGUGGGUUACAAGUUAACACAGUUGAACCCGUAGGAGAACCAAAGCAGGAAAGUGUCACGGAAGAGGACUUUUACCGAACCAGCCGAAAACAAGCUGAAGAACGUGUUGAGAAAGCUGUUGUAUGCGUUCAAUCUAUGUUCCGGUCAAAGAAAGCACAGCAGGAAUACCAGAGAAUGAAGAUGGUUCACAAGCUAGCAAUGUUGGAAUAUGAAAGCCUUCUCGACCCUAGUUCUGAUAUGGAUGCUUGAAGACAUUGAAAGUUCAGAAUGAUCACCAUUCACGACCCACGUAGAAGAGUAACCCUAGGGAGCUGUACAUUUGAAAAUUUGAAAAUGGCAACUUGGAUGUCUACUGAGCCCUACUACCUGUUUCAAGAUUUUGAGGGAGUGGUUAAGUUAUAUCGGAUCCUUAGCCUUUUUCGUUUUGGGUUUGGGUCCGUUUUCUAGUUAGUGCAUUGAGUGUAAGACCUAGGUGAAAGCCAAUAUCCUUCUCAGUAUAUGUGCUGAGGUUUCAGCCGCUUGGUCCCUUUUUAUCUUA